UGAAAUGACAUUUUGCUUUCGAAGGUAUACGUCCGGCAAGGCAACCCUGUGGAGCCGUCGAAGAAAGUGGAAGGAACAGGAGAGACGAAUCGGCAUCUCCAGGAUGCCGGUCAGAGUGGCGGAGAAUUUGCCUCCCGCUCAAGUUUCAGGUGCAAAUUCUGGACAUUCUCUUCCUCCAGCUUGCUCCCUUUUGUCUGUAGGACAAGCUUUUUCAGGAACUCAAAAUGUGUCCAAUGUGUUGAAAGAUGAGGCAUGGAGGGUGAAUGUGAGGAUACAAGGUUGUGAUUUUGAGCAUGGCUAUCUAUGUGGCACAAUGGAAGCUUUAAACGUGCCAUUAGCAGAUACACCGGUGGUCACAUUCUGGGAAGGAGAGAUUGUGGACAACAAGAACUAUACAUUUUACACUGGGAAGUGGGAAGCAACGCCACAGAAUGAUGUGCGGCACUGGUCUAAGUUUAACUCAUUUAUGCCCCUUUUGAACCAAGUAGAGGCUGAUGGUGGUAAAUCACUGGACCUGAGUAACUACCCAUACAUUUUUAUGAGAUGGAAAGAGCAAUACUUUGUGAAUGUGGGAAAAGACUGCGGCCUAACUAUAGCCGGUUUCUACUACGUCUGUUUCUCAUGCAGCGACGGGUCUAUCAGUGGCUUCUAUUACGACCCUCAUAGCAGCCCAUUUCAGAAGCUAGAACUGAAGGCAACAUGUGAAGGCAGGUCUGGCUUCAGCUUUUCAUCUUACCAAUUACAGUAGUACAACGCUCGAGAGUUGGAUGAAGAAUCUAUCAAUGGACUUCAGCUUACCGUUGUAUCGCCCUCAAUUUACACAUUACAGUGGAAAAAGAAUUAAUGUUAACACAAAUGUUGUGAGAUAUAUAAUUUGAUCUUUCUGUCUAUCAACUCAAUGGUUAAAACUUACAACAUGCAAGAGAAAUACCGUGUGUACAUGAUGAGAUCAUCUCAUGAUCCUAGUGUUUCUACUGGGUUGUAAAUUGAUCUUUCUGGACGUCUUUCCAUAUAAGGCUGUUAAAUAUGCUUUAAUGUUUU